AUUGGACCAUUUCCCUCUUCUUCCGCCGCGGUGAGCCGGAGCGGCGCGGAAGGGUGGGGCACGCACGCCACGCGGCGGAAGCGGUGCGCCCGAUCUCCUUUGCCCGCGUCGAUCCACGUCGACCCGGUCAAGCCAUUAUCCCCAACCUCACCAAUCCUCUACCAUUAUUAUUAUAUCACACACGUCAUCGCGCCCCCUUCUCCUUCCUCUCCUCUUCUCUCCUCUCCUUUCCCCAAUUGCUUCCUCCUCCUCCUCCUCCUUCUGCACCUGUCCGAUUCGGUUCGAUUCGGUUUGAUUGGGUUCCAAUCUGCGGAGGAGCGGCAACGAGCUAGGCGGAACAGAGGGUUGGUCGUCGGAUCCGUGGCAUGGAGAUCUCGUUCGAGGCGUGGGAGGGCGUGCAGCGGCACGGCCAGGACAUCGCGGACCGCCUCGCGCAGGGGUUCACCGGCCUGCUCCAGGCGCAGCCGCCGCAGUUCCCGUGGCCGGCGGCGUCGCACAAGCGGAUUCCCUUCGAGAUCGACCUCCCCGUGGUCCCCUUCGGCGCCUCCCGCGGUGCCCGGGCCGGGAAGGAGUUCUUCCCCGCCGCGGCCGUCGCCUCCGUCAUCGACAUCGGCGGGAGGCUCGGCCAGGCUGGCGUGGAGAUUGGGGCGUCCGUCGGUGGCGCCGUGCAGCACGCCGUGCGCCAGCUGCCCCUGCCGUUCCGGAACGGCCAGAUCCGGCGCCGCAAGCUGCCGCCGCAGCCUCAGGCGCCCUCGCCCGCGGCUGCGGUGGGUGAGGCGGCGGUGGGGCUCUCGGUAGAGAGGGCUGUCGACAGGUGCCCUCUAGAGGCAGCUGCGGCGGCCGCCGCUGCCGCAACCGGUAGCGCUGCAGCGUCCACGGUCAGUGGUGCUGUGGGCGGAGAUGACGUAGAUGAGGAAGAUGAGGGAUUCGGCUGCGAGAUUGGUACUUUUGGAAACUUUAAGAAGUCUAAGGGUACAGUAAAUGUCUCGGCUUCAUACAAUACCAGGAACCACGACAUUGAGAGUUCUGUUGUUGCACGUGGAGACCUUUGGAGGCUGGAGGCAUCACGCAGCAGUUCAACUUCCGGAAACGAUAGCUCACCUCUAUACCUUGUUCAGUUGGGACCGUUACUUUUUGUCCGAGACUCUACACUCCUUUUGCCUGUUCAUCUAUCGAAGCAACAUCUGCUUUGGUAUGGUUAUGAUCGCAAGAAUGGAGUCCAUUCUCUCUGCCCUGCUUUUUGGUCAAAACAUCGGAAAUGGUUGAUGAUGUCAAUGGUUUGCCUCAAUCCAGUAGCUUGUUCCUUCAUGGACCUGCAGUUCCCCAAUGGACAACUAACAUAUGUUGCUGGCGAGGGGAUUACAGCAAGUGGUUUUCUUCCAUUAUUUGGUGGGUUGCUUCAAGCUCAUGGGAAAUACCCUGGAGAAACUAGAGUCAGCUUCUCUUGCAAGAAUAAGCAAGGCACCAGGUUCACUCCUAUGUUUCAAUGGCCUGACAAGUCUCUGUCAUUUGGAGUUACUCAAGCCUUAGCAUGGAAAAGAUCUGGUCUCAUGGUGAGGCCCAGUGUGCAAGUCAGUUUAUGCCCUACAUUUGGAGGAAAUGAUCCUGGGGUACGUGCAGAGGUUAUCCAUUCAUUGAAAGAGGAAUUGAAUGUAAUGUGCGGUUUGUCUUGCUCAAGACAUCCAUCAGCCUUUACUGCUCUGUCUAUUGGGAGAUCCAAGUGGAAUGGUCAAAUGGGCAGUUCCGGAGUGGUCGUUACCUUGGAAACACCCCUUAAUAACAUUGGAAGGCCAUCUUUAUCCGUUCAAUUGAAUGGAGGUUUUGAAAUUUAGCAUUCUGCGCAGUAAGUUGUAUAUACCACUGUACAUAGCCCUACUAAUGUCCAUGUCCUAUCUCUGUGGAGAUGGCUGUGCAACGCCUAUGAAUGGUAUCUGGAAGUGGUUUCUGCUCGUUUUUGUUGUCAGACUCAUAGGUGAUAAGUCUCAGCUCAACAAAUCAACUGGUUUAUUCCCCAUGCCAACAAAGGCAUCCAUAUAUAUACCUUAAAGAGAUGGUGAUCAAGUGUGUAGGCAGUUCAAGGUUUCUUUUGAAGAAAUUGGAGAGAAAAGCUGCAAGAUCAGCACUUAAUACUUUUUGGAAGUUGGGAGAAGGAAAAGGCUAUGAGGUGUUUUGCGGCUGUGCAAGAAGCCAAGACGAAUGUGGCUUUGCAAGAAGCCGAAGAUGUUCACCCAGAAGCUAUGUUCCUUUGGAGCAGGACUGACCAUACUGGAUGUUUGCUGAUAGUGAAUUGCUUACUGGCUUUUGCUAAUUGUGAUGGAUAAUUAUUAUCCAUCACAAUUGAUCGUUAGACGAUCUCAUUGCUGAGACAAGCUUUGAUGGAUGAAUUGGUGUGCUUUUUUCCCCUGCACUCUUGUAUUCCUCAUGUAAGACUCAUGAUCAGUGAAGCUAAGAAAUGUCUACUGGGAUGGGAUGGAGGACCUGUCUGGUGGCAUUGUCAAACCCACAUUGUUCUUGAACACAUGCUGAGUGAUUGCUGUUUCCACGUCA